GGAGCUCUGUGGCUCCUGAAGGUUGAGGACACGCCCUCAAGUUUGGAAACGGUGCAGUGGAUUCGUGGGUUUCUUUCCCCUCCGCUGCACAUUUCACCGGGAAGAGAACACAGAAGCGGAGAGUCCCGAAGCCUCUUUCUCCCUUCCCUCGUCCUUUUCCUCUGUGGCGAGUUUUAGCCGUCGAGUGGAGCGCAGCCUGCCGCGUUUAGCUCCCCGUGGUGCGGAGACGGAGGGAAAUCCACCUGCCGGAGAGCGGACACACCUCGGGAUGGAUGCCCUGAAAUCUGCCGGCAGAGCGAUCAUUAAGAGCCCCGGCGUCCCGCGACACACCUGGGGAGCUUCAAAGCAUGAAAAGUUGCCAGAAAACUGGACGGACACAAAGGAGACCCUGCUGGAGGGGAUGGUGUUCAAUGUUAAGUACCUUGGCAUGACUCUGGUGGGACAACCUAAAGGAGAGGAAAUGGCGUCAGCUGCUAUUCGAAGAAUUGUUGCAACGGCCAGAGCCAGUGCCAAGAAGUUUCGGAAAGUAACCCUGACAGUGUCUCCAAAGGGCAUAAUCAUCACAAACACAGAGACUGCAGAUCUAAUAGAGAAUGUCUCUAUAUACAGAAUCUCAUACUGCACCGCAGACAAAACUCAGGACAAGGUCUUCGCUUACGUUUCCCAAAGCCAGUUCAACGAGACUCUCGAGUGUCAUGCAUUCCUCUGCCAAAAAAGAAAAGUUGCUCAGGCUGUGACCUUAACAGUAGCUCAGGCAUUUAAAGUAGCAUUAGAUCUUUGGGAAAUUGCUCAGGAAGACAAAAACAAGAAGGCAAGGAGCUGCUGCUCCUGCGCAGCCAAUGAUGGACAGAUGGUAACGACAGAAAUGCAGUGUGUUCCGGCAGCCUCCCAUUCGCACCUGCAGUCCCCGUCACAUUCACUGGUGCAUAAGCCCACCGCGAUGGAGGAGAAGCACCGGAGGCCCUUCUUCUCUGCUUCUCUUAGCUCGCCGUUGCCUCGCAGUAACCUCACCCGGAGACGUCCGAUUAAACAUGACUCGUGGGAUGUGGAGGACGGAUUCGAUGAUGUUUUCUCGAGCAAUAUGGAGGUAGAAGAAGCAGACACUGACUGGCCGAGCCCCACCCCGAACCCGUCUCUGACAAUGCAGCUCUGAGUCCCUGGGAGGUUUCCGCAGAGAAUCUGCUGCCGUUUGGCAACAAUUAUUUUCAAUAGCACCAGCUGGCAAUAGCUGCCCGUCAUAGAAACUUAACAGAAAGCACACACUGGUGCCCAAGACAGACAGAAAACAAACAACGUAUUCUACACAGUCCCAGUCGGGGACAGCGGUGAUAUUUUUGUGCAGAGGAGCCAAAAUAAGCUGACAUUAUAAAAGGAUCUCCAUCUUGCAGCCUGCUUGCUAUAAGCAGUACAUCAUGACUUACACUGAGAUUCUUACAAACUACCUACUGAAAUAUGACUCACUCAGUGAACAGUGCAGAAAUGUACGUCAAGAACAAAAUAUCUACACAGUGAAAUUCUGAUCACAGUAAAAGCUGCCUAAAAAGUCUAUUUAUCACAAUCCAGAAAUGUGUUUUUACUGACUUGCUUGUGGGAAUGGGAAAGCCCUUUAAUCUUUUUUUUUGGCUGCCAACUUCUCUGAAAGGAAUCCAAUGUUUGAAUCAUCAGAUGCUGGCCUAAUACUGAAUAAAUUACACUGUACAAGUGCUGCCUAGAUCAUGUUUGUUUCUCACCGUGCCAGAUUCAAACCAUCCAUUGUUACUGUUCUGACUAUAUCAACAAAUUGCAUCAAGUAUUAAAUGGAAGUUUAAGUAUAUGGCAAAUCAACCAGGAAGCUGGAAGCAAGUCAAAAACUUAGGCAAAUAUGUGGCGAAGACAACUUGGGACUAUUCUUGCAGAGCCAAACAGUCCAAAAACUGAAAAUAUUUGGUUGAGUGGACAAAAAAAAAAAAAAUGGUACUGUUGAUGUCUGAGGUCGGAGGAGAAUUGGCAGACUGAUUUGAGGCAAUAGAAAGGGGAGCAGUAGCUCAAUUGUUACAACCAAAGUGUGUGGAAUACAAUCUCUGAAUCCGCAACAUGGCAAACAUUAGAGCAGGACACAAGAUGGAAAACCAGGAGUUCACUCCUGCUUCAGCAAACGCUCACCAAAACGAGAUGACGGGCUGAUGUUCAGAUGGUAGGGUCACAAUUUGGUGUGACAUCAUGAAGCAUGAUUCCAUCUUGCCUUGUUUUUGGCUUUUGGUCGUGGCAUAAUGGUAUAGUGGGUUAUGCUUUUGCCACACUUUUGACUCUUUAGGACCUAAUGAGUUUUGGUUUAAAAGUUCCAGCAUUGUUGAUAACCAUGACUUUAUAACUAUCCAUCCUUUAGUGGUUACUGUAAGCAGGAACAUGCAGUUACAAAACAUAAAAAUGCCCAUCAAGUUGGUGUAUUCCGAUUGCCUCUAUUGUCACCAGAUCAUAAAGUUGGGGGAUAGAAAAUGUACAUUAUGGACGGUCAUUAGAUAAAAUUUCCCAGUAAUAAAAACAACUGGGACUGUGCUAGAAUACGCUCUUUAAACAAAAAGGAAAGGGAAAUGUGUCUCUUUAAUUAUUAUGAUCUUCAAAAUAAAGGUUUUUACUACCUGCGAUGUUGGUUCAGCACGUAAAGAGCUUUGGAAAGAGACAUUGUGGUGUUUGGCUCCAUCUGUCUGGAACAUUUUGCAGCAGAAUCUGUAACUGUCAAGUUUAACUUCUUUGUUGUGCUCUAAACAUCAUUCAAGUGGUUUUUAAAAAACUCUCCAAAAACCUGUACAUGUUUUUAAAAUGUUCUCUCAGGAACAUUGCUUUUAAACUUACUGCACCUGGGUCAGCUGAUUAAGUCUUAUGUUGCUUUAAUCUGCCUGUUUUUUUUUUUUUUAAGUCAUUUACAAAUUAGUAUUCUAUAACAUUUGAACAUUUUUUUCAACUAAUUUAUUUUAUCACUCUAUUUUAUAACAGCUUAACUGGGACUGUUUUGAAAAUGAAACCUCAUCUCUCAAUGGGACUCGCUUGUAUUAAAAAAAUAUAUGAAUAAAUAAAUUCUCUACACAAACAAGCUUAUUUGUCUUAACUUAUAUUUAUAGCUUAAAUUAUAAAUAUAAUGUUAUACUGACUGAAAUUCCCAACUAAUUGUCAGUAUUUAUAAAUGAUGUGCACAAGAGGCACACGCAUAGUUUCAAGCAUAAUUAAUUUUUAAUAGUUUUAAUAUAUUUAACAUAUAUAAUUGAUGAAUUGUGGCUUGAAUCAGGCUUAUUAAAGCAAUCUACUUGCAUUUAUUUAUAUAUAUUUUAAACUUUUUUAUGAUGUCUUAUUUCACCAACUCAUCAUUAAAUCCAGCUGCGGCUCCUCUCUGGCAGGAACAGGUUGGCAUUACAGCAACAUUACUUUCAGCUGUUUCACUGGUGUGUGUUUUUUAAUCGCUCACAUUUAUCCUCAUCUCAUUUAUUCAGCCGUCACUGUACAUAAAGAUGGUGUCAGUGUUAAAGAAAAGUGAUGAUGCUGGAGUAUAACUGUAAUUCCACCUCCUAUGUCUUUGAGUAAAGGUACCUAUUUCCUAAUGUUGUAUUUUUCAUUGUGGUGAGCAUAUUGUAUUACUGUAAAUGGUGUAGAAUCAGGGCUUUAUGCAAGUGUUUUUUUAAAGCUAUUUAUCAUUCCUGAGAUGUAUAUGUGUGGUUUGUACAGACUUUAAUGUGCGAUACCUUUACAGCUGCAAGAAACGGCUUUUACUCGGUCACAUGCACGUCAGUAGUCACAGGUUAAACUCAUGUAUGCCUUUUCAAACCUUCUUCUGUAACUCUAGAAAACACGGUUCAUCCCCAGGAUCUGUCCUCGUGAGUGGAAACGAUCUGCCCGAAAUCUCAUUACAGAUUUAGACUGAGCACUUUAUUUUUCUUCGUUUCUUAGAGGACGCUCAUUGUAAGAAGGGUAUUAUUUUGUCCCCCGAGUGUGACUGAAGAGGUCUCUUCUCUCUGUAUUCAUGGCACCCUGGCUGAGAAUAAAUGUGACGCAGGGGGUGGGGGGUUCUUGUGUUGUUGUCAUGACACCCGCUGCAGAAUAAUUGGAUGGCUUAUCAGGUUACGCCAUGGAGCUUAAUUGCAUUGUUAUAUUCCUGACUGACAGAAAUACGAGCUUGACUGCCUCUCGAAAGAAAACUGCGUAUUUAUACCGAGGAUGGCAUCCUGAGCGUCGGUAAAUGAUUUUUCAACUGUGAAGUUCAAGGACACGCAAUGUCAAAAUGUACAAUUUUAUGUGUUUAUUUCUUGCUCAAACACCUGCCAGUGUUUACUGCAUUUGGUCACUAUUGGACUGAUGUCUUAGUGUGUGCAAGAUUUUAUUGAUAUCAAAAGACCAGUUGAUUUAAAAAGUGUACACACCCUGUUUAAAAUCCAUAGUUUUGUGAUGCAAAAUAUGAAAUUUAGACACCAAAUACACAACUGAAAGCAAAUGUCUGAUGAAAAUAUAAGUAGCAAUUACCACUUGAUUGCAUAAGUACACGAUUCUAAUUUGAUCGAAUUUAUAUACAAUUUCAUUUCAACAUUUACUCUUCAUAGCUUGACGUCUUACCUUGAUUGUAUUGAAUCUUAUUAAACUUAACAAAAAUUAAGGCCAAGUUGGAUGGACAAUGGACGGACUGGGUAACCGUGACAUUACAGAAAUUUUCAAAAUAUAUGAAAAGUCAAAAUGUAAUAAAAUAAAAUAAAAAAGACAAAAGCAACACUGAAGCACCUUCAGGACUUUCAGGUUAGUACAGGUUGUGUUUCCAUAAGUAACGAUGGUCAGCUGUAAUUAUUGGAUGUAUGGAGUAAGAUGAUGGAACUUCAUGGGACGUCCACUGAGAGGUAAACAUUUCUUAAGCACGUUGGAUGAAUGUGCUUUGGCCCGAUGAAACCAAAUCUGGUUUAAUUUCUGAGCCACAAUUCCAAAAUCUUUCAACUAUAACACAUUUCUGUGAAACAUGGUGGUAGCAGCGUCAUGCUAUGGUAUCCUUUGGUAUUUUAUGGUAUAUCUAGGUAAAGUUUAGGGUUAGUUUUACUGCAAACUUAUGCAACCAUCCAGCCAGCUUUCUAAGUUAUUUUUGUAUUUCCACCUUUAAUUUGGAUGUUUUGGAGUUAAAUUACACAGGAUAUAUGUCCUGCAAUGCCAAAAUUCUGGUAUUUUAACAGUGGUGUGACAACUUUUGAGAGAAAAAUAGGACAGGUUUUUAUCAGUGAGUCAGAACUAAGAUCCAGCAAAGUAAUGCAACGCAUUCUGUGUUGAAAACGAGUCCAUAACGGACUUGUUUUCAACCACUCGGUCCCUUUUUAAUUGAGUUUGAGAGGAAAAUAACAUUUUGAUAGAACCAAAUUUUGUAACACAACCAAUAUUAGAUCAUUUUGCAGGAACACUUAGAAACAAAGAAGCUAUUGAAUGGAUUAUGGAUCUAACAAAGUUUGAAUCUAACAAAGUGAAUUUCACAUUGACAGUGCAACACAUCAAUAUGGGCAGACCUGCUGCGUAGCUUGAAUGCAACCGGUCCUUUGGCACGGCUCUGUUUCAUGUGUAGGAGGAGGUGGGGAGUCUGGGGGACUUUGGAGGUAUAUAACACUCCAAACUGAAUCAGGAGGUGCCCUGAAUACAAAUCAGCCCAUGAGGAUUUGAGUCCAGGAGACAUUUGAAGGUUGUAAUAAUGAAACCCGUUUUCUUUCGUUUGAGCUAAGAUUUUAUUUCCCCGAAUAAGUUUACAGGAUUGUUUUAUUUAAAAUAAAAAAACAAAAAUAAUAAAAAAGGUGCUUGCCCAUUUUCAAUCUAUGCAACUAGGGUUGUUUUAAACAAUGUUGUGAUGUUACAAUAAAAGCAGUUUGUGUGUAGACUGCAAAAAAUAUUGUGUAAUCUGUGUAAAACGUGUACAGAAUUUGGAAACCUAUGCUUUGCUACAUAUUUAUUCACAGUAAAUAACUUUGUACAAAUA